AGAUCAGUGGCCUGAUUAGGCCUGAUGACUUGAACAGCGCUCCGUUAAACAUAACUAUUUGUAACAUUACCAGUUCGGGCAAAAUAACGCGUUGAUCAGCGCCAAUCAGCGAAUUUCAGACCAUGGACAUAUGAAUAGUUCCAGACCUGAAUCGCUUGCCUGUACUCUAGCACCAAGCUAGCACUAAUUAAUUAGUGGUUUUUCUAGAAAACCAGCUUCAGAAGAACUUUUGAUAUACACCAAUAGUACAGUGAGUUAAGAGAAAAAAAUGCGGCUUACUGCGAUUUUGUUGCGAAAAAAGCUACCCAAUGGUCAUAUCUUCAGAGGAAAAAAUCGGCUAGUGAAACAAGUUGAUGAGAAAAGCCUUAAGCAACUUCGAUGGGACUACGAAUUGGAGGAGCAAAAUAUGCUAUUCCUGCGUCACCCUUAUUUAACGGUAGAACAGUCAUAUGGCCACGCAACAGCUUACGGCAAACCUGAAAAGAGAAUGGAAGGUUUGAAACAGCUUAAGAUUGAUAAGUUUUCCAGAACAACAACCCUAAAGGAUAGACUUAUGCAUUUACAGACAAGUGAAACUUGGGAUUGAAAGUGAUAAAACAUGAUCUUUGAUAGAUACUUUAGAGUUGUUAAUGCUCUGUUUACCUUACAGCAGAUGAACAAACAAUAUGUACAGUAAUAUUUCAAUUAUAAUACAUUAAGAAGAA